GCUGCAGCUUCCCCCGAACCCGCUGGACGAGAUCAUGCGGAGGCUGGGGGGCCCUGCGAAGGUUGCCGAGCUGACGGGCAGAUCACGGCGCCUGGUUUUCAACGAGCUCACGGGCGAGACGCGCUUCGAGGAGCGAGGGGACGGUGCGAAUCUGCAGGAGCUGCGAUCCUUUCAGUCGGGCCGCAAGCAGGUCGCCAUCGUCACCGAGGCCGCAAGUGCUGGCAUCAGUCUGCACUGCGACAGGCGAUUACCUGAAGAGGCACAAAGGCCACGGUACAUGAUCUCGAUUGAGAUGCCCUGGGAGGCCGACAAGGCCAUCCAGCAGCUUGGGCGCGUCCACCGGAGCAACCAGCGGGCUGGGCGCCAAGCGCUCGAUGACACGUAA